CCGGCAGCAGCUACAUUGAUUUUCCACGCCUAUACUUGCUACGGUUAUAAGCGAACCGCACCAAAUACCCCUUAUCCAGCCCACCGCCCAGCAAUUUUUCACGCCUAUUUCCUCUUCCCCUCAUUCCAUCAACACACUUCAAACCCUCCCAAAAAUCCAGCCCCCUCUCGGCAGCUUCCGGCCGACGUCUUAGCGCCGCAGCUGCAGGUCAUCGUCGACGCCGCCACAUCUUCUCUCCGCUACUGCUGCCGCAGUCUCAGGUCUUCGUUGACGCCGGCCGCCGCAGCUCCAAGCAGAUCUCCUCACCGACGCUGCCGCAGAGCCUCUCGAUCCGCCGACGCCACUGUCACAGUCUCCUGUUCUUCCGUCAACUUCAUCUUCUCUACAAUUCAUUGUUAUCUUUGUUCUAAGGGCAGAGGGCAUCGAGUCGGCAACCGUAGAAAAAUAUCCCAAUUCGUAACCUAGCAGUCUAGCACGCAGCAACCCAUCGUUGAUUGCUGCCUCGCUGGUCAGACGGGCGCACGACGGUUCAGCACGGAUAGCCGGACAAGCGGACCCGAAUCACUGCUGGUUUCUGCAAUCUGCACGGCUGCACUCCUGCACCAGCUGGUUGAUGCUCUUCGGUGUUAACAACAACUAUUUUGCAGAUUUACGUGUUUGAGGCAGUAACAGCUCUAAGAUUAUGGCGAGGUCAUUAUCUAGCAUGCUCUUAAAAGGUCUUGCUGCUCAUCCUGCUACGCGUUCAUCCACCGUUGAAUGCAAAAGAUCCAUUUACUCAGCUAGGAAUCGGUUCUUCACUUCUGUGCCUAAUGAUCCAGAUACACAUGCCGAUUUUUUACCUACAAGUAAAGUUGAGAGUUCUGGUAUUUCAUUGAAGGACAUUAUUGAGCAGGAUGUCAAAGAGAAUCCUGUUAUGCUUUACAUGAAAGGGAUGCCUGAACAGCCUCGGUGUGGGUUCAGCUCUCUAGCAGUGAGGGUACUACAAGAAUAUAAUGUUCCUAUAAGUGCUAGAAACAUAUUGGAUAAUUACGAGCUAAAGGAUGCUGUAAAAUCAUUCAGCAACUGGCCCACAUUUCCCCAAAUAUUCAUCAAUGGAGAAUUCAUUGGUGGGUCUGACAUCAUCCUCAGUAUGCACCAGAAUGGAGAACUCAAGGAAAAGUUGCAAGGCAUUGGCAAGCAAGGGAAAGCAAAAUGAAUCGUAAUUGCAAAGACGCAAUGUUUAUGAUGAGAAAUAUUUUGAGGUUUUUAGUAACAGAGUUCAGAAAAGUGUUUAUUUCUGGAUGUCAUAUUUGGUAUAAUUCAAACACGUCCCUAUUUAUGAGUUCUUGUGUAUGAGGAAUCUAUUAUAUCCAGUUUGUGCACUCUGGGAAAUAAAGCAUUGUUGUUCUUUUAUACCUUAAUUAUUAACCAUGGUUAAUGACAUUUUAGAAACUGUGUCAGAUGAUGUAAAUGACUGUAAAUCAUGUCCCGUUUGAGGAGCA